CAUUUUUUCAUCACCAUGCAGUUCAGUUCACCACUGUUACCACCCACAACAAAAUGAAGCUUUUCCUGACUGUCAUGUUUUUGUCUUGUUCACUAGUGAAGUGCACUCCUGAGUUUAACUGUCCUACAAGUCCUUUAUGUAUUAAUGAAACAGUUACUUACCAGUGUAGGGUGGACACAACUGGUUCAGCUAAUACUUUACAAUGGAGAGUAUUGAAUACUACUGGUGGUAUACUUGGUGAUACUUCGUAUGCUUCAUCAGCUAGUGAGGGAAGUAUGGGAUCGAUUGGAACUCAAUUCACUACUAACCUAACUUCUACUAGUGGUGCUAUUGUUUCUGACAUAACAUUCACUGCUACAAUGGAUAUCAAUAAUUAUACUGUCCAAUGUAGAGCACUUGAUACUAACACUCCUGCACUGGUGGGAACUGAUAUGUGUUCUAUAAUACUGAUAGAAGGUAUAUUACCUGCUCCUAUUCCAAAUGAAUUAAUGAUUGAUCUUAACUCUUUUACCUUCUCCUGGUCCCCAUCAACAAGUCCUUGUUUAUCUCAUUACAAUGUUAAUGUUACUAGUAUUGAAUACACUAUCAGUACUACUGAUACUAGUCUGAGUUUACCAGUACCUUCAACUAAUGAUACAGAAUAUUCUAUUAGUGUAGUAGCUGUUGAUACUGGUGGUAGAUAUAUGAGCUCUAAAGAAAUGAGAAAAUUUAUACCUGAUGUUCCACAAAGUGUUACUAACUUUGCAGUAAAUCAGACUUAUCCUGAUCAUGAUGAUGAUACCGCUGUUAAUAUUACUGUAUCAUGGAAUAAACCACCUUCCUCUUCUCGUCCUAAUAUAUCAAGUUAUAUAAUAUAUCAUAAUGUCACUGAUCCUGAUACUAAUAUAACAAUACCAGCUCCUACCACUACAUACAAUAUACCUGAUGCUACAGUAGGAUCAGUAUAUACUGUUGGAGUGGCUGCUGUUAAUGUAUUAGAAACUGGUCCUAUUGUAUCAGCUACAAUAAGCAUUGUUAGUAUUGUUGUUUCAACCACAAUUAUGACAGGAUUAUCUUCAAGUAUGACAGUUACACCCUCUAGUCCAAGUCCAUCCAGCAGCUUUAUGGGAGCUACAGUAACACCAAUCACAUCAUCAACACCAACAAAUGGCACCAGUACAGGUGGAUUAGACAGUACAGUAUACAUUGGUAUAGGAGCUGGUGUAGCAGUGAUUGUCAUUGUUAUACUAAUAAUACUCAUUAUUGUUGGUUGUUUGAUCUGGUAUAAACCUUGUAAAGGAGAGAAAGUGCAGGAUCCUUAUCUACGAGCUAGUGAGAAUAUAGCUUAUGGAAAAGCCAUCAAACCAGUAGAAUAACACUGGAGCAAGGCAACCUGAUACUGUUGUAUAUGAAGCAGUUCAAUAAUGGAAUGUGUUUGUUAUGUUUCCUUUACCAAUUUUCAUUAUUGUUUUCAAUGUAGACCAAUUGUUUU